GCGGGCGGCCGCGGUGAGGCGCGGAGGGCGGAGGGGCGCCAGGGCCGGCGGGGCGCCGCAGCGGCCAUGGGGGCCCUGACGAGCCGGCAGCACGCAGGCGUGGAGGAGGUGGACAUCCCGUCCAAUUCCGUGUACCGCUAUCCGCCCAAGUCCGGCAGCUAUUUUGCCAGUCACUUCAUCAUGGGAGGAGAAAAAUUUGACUCAACACAUCCUGAAGGUUACCUGUUUGGCGAGAACAGCGACCUGAACUUCCUGGGGAAUAGACCAGUUGCGUUCCCGUAUGCCGCUCCACCUCCCCAAGAGCCGGUGAAGACUCUGAGAAGCCUGAUAAACAUCCGAAAGGACACUCUGAGACUGGUCAAGUGUGCCGAGGRAGUGAAGAGCCCUGGGGAAGAGGCCAGCAGAGCCAGAGUCCACUACAACGUGGAGUUCACCUUCGAYGCCGAUGCCCGGGUGGCCAUCACCAUCUACUACCAGGCCACGGAGGAAUUCCAGAAUGGCAUUGCCAGCUACAUCCCUAAAGAUGACUGCCUGCAGUCUGAGACUGUGUACUACAAGCGAGGGGUGUGCCAGCAGUUCUGCCUGCCUUCCCAUACCGUGGAUCCCUCYGAGUGGGCCGAAGAGGAGCUUGGCUUUGACCUGGACCGAGAGGUCUACCCCUUGGUGGUACAUGCUGUGGUUGAUGAAGGAGAUGAGUACUUUGGCCAUUGCCAUGUCCUACUGGGUACUUUUGAAAAGCACACAGAUGGGACUUUCUGUGUCAAACCCCUCAAACAGAAACAAGUGGUAGAUGGGGUCAGCUACCUUCUUCAGGAGAUCUAUGGAAUUGAAAACAAGUACAACACACAGGAUUCUAAGGUGGCUGAGGACGAAGUGAGCGAUAACAGUGCUGAGUGUGUGGUGUGUCUCUCGGAUGUCCGGGACACCUUGAUCCUGCCCUGCCGCCACCUCUGCCUCUGUAACACCUGUGCAGACACCCUGCGCUACCAAGCCAACAACUGCCCCAUCUGCCGGCUCCCCUUCCGGGCACUGCUUCAGAUUCGAGCCAUGAGGAAAAAAUUGGGCCCCUUGUCCCCCACCAGCUUUAACCCCAUCAUCUCAUCCCAGACAUCUGACUCUGAAGAGCAUUCAUCCUCAGAGAAUAUUCCACCAGGUUACGAAGUGGUGUCUCUUCUGGAGGCCCUCAAUGGGCCCCUCACCCCAUCCCCAGCAGUCCCCCCACUUCACGUACUUGGAGAUGGCCAUCUCUCAGGAAUGCUGCCUUCUUAUGGUAGUGAUGGCCACCUGCCCCCCGUCAGGACACUCUCCCCACUGGACCGCUUAUCUGAUUGCAGCGGCCAAGGACUCAAGCUCAAAAGGAGUCUCUCCAAGUCCAUUUCUCAGAAUUCUUCCGUGCUGCAUGAAGAAGACGAUGAGCGCUCUUGCAGCGAGUCAGAGACUCAGAUGUCUCAGAGACCAUCAGCCCAGCACCCUGGAGAGGAAUGUGCUGUCACUCCAGAAAGUGAGAAUCUCACUCUGUCGUCUUCGGGGGCUGUUGACCAGUCAUCCUGCACAGGGACGCCACUCUCUUCCACCAUUUCCUCCCCCGAAGACCCUGCCAGUAGCAGCCUGGCCCAGUCAGUCAUGUCCAUGGCGUCCUCCCAGAUCAGCACCGACACAGUCUCCUCCAUGUCUGGCUCCUACAUCGCUCCUGGCACUGAAGAGGAGGGAGAAGCCCUUCCUUCCCCCCGGGCUGCCAGCAGGGUCCCCUCAGAAGAAGGAGAGGGGAUGGCAGCAGAGUCUCCAGAUAGCAAUUUUGCUGGCCUCCCAGCAGGAGAGCAGGAUGCAGAGGGAAAUGACGUCAUAGAGGAAGAGGAUGGAUCUCCAAUGCAAGAAGAUGGUAAAAGACCUGGCCAGAGGACAUGCGCAUUUCUAGGUAUGGAGUGUGACAAUAACAAUGACUUUGACAUCGCAAGCGUGAAAGCACUGGACAAUAAGCUGUGCUCUGAGGUCUGCUUACCCGAUACCUGGCAGUCAGAUGACAACAUUGUCAGCCGUCUGAACAUCCAGCACCGGCGCUUAUCAUCUGGCAGCCUGGAGGACCCCGAGAACAGAGCCUGCRUUUGGGGUCCUUUGGCUGUCUGAGAGCACCUGCCUGGUACCUGGGCACCCCUGUCCUUGCAUUCCAUCUGUCCUCACUGCACCACUGGCCUCCCAGGCUUGCACGUCAGUGUGGAUUUUUAUACUCACAUGAAAGCUGGAUGUGGAGUUCAGGCCACUCCUCCUUCUACUACUUGUCUCCUGUAACCAUGAUCCUUCCUCUCACAAGGGACAGGAAGCCCUUCUUACUCAGUGAGCUGAUGCCACUCAAUGAACUGCAGAACUGCAGCUCCAACUCAUGAGACCCUUUGUAGAGACUGGACUGCAUCUGCUAUACCUGAUCAGCAGGUGGAGCCGAGAGCCUGGGGCUAGUGGUUCUGCAUCUCUUUCUCCUUUCAGGGGUAGAUCAAGCUUUGUUACCAACACCCAUCUGGUAGUUUCUAGUCUCUGGCACCUCAUAACCAAUGGUGGUCAGGGGAGGCCAUCUUGCACUGUAUGUGGUUUUCAUCACAAAGCAUUAGGAGCUCCUUUCUCAAGGACAAGGAAGAUGGUGGCAUCCAGAGGCUGGUUAAAAAACCAGGUCUUCCUUCUGGUAGCAGAGUUGUCUCCUGCACCUCAUGUGCCUGUCUGCUUCAGAAGGGGCCCUGAAUCUGAGAGCCUCGUUAUGAUGAUCACCCUUCAAGAGGCCUUCUGAUCAGGUGCAGCAGGAAAGGCCUAGGACUCCACCAGAGGUGACAUUUCAAGAAGUGUGUCUCUGGACCACCUCUGUGCUGGAACUGUCUUUACCUUAUUUCAUCUUCACUAUAGCCGUGUGACUGGGGAAUCUUACGCCUCUUGCCCCCAUCUCCACCCCUUUUUUAAUAGUUGAAAAAAUAGGCUGAGAUAUGGACCAGUGGUUCUCAAACUGGUGCCCAGGAUCACCAAAGGAAAUGGUGGAGAGCUUUGAGCUAAGACCAGGCAGUGGCCUGGGAGCCAGUGUUGGGGCCUUUACGUCCAGGACCCUCCCCAUCCUGUGUGUUUUCCUCUGCUGUCUAGAUUUCUGAGCAUGAUAGGURAAGGGGAGGUACAGCCUCCACAAGCUUAUUGGCAAUUUAGAGAUACUAUUCUAAUCAGCACAUAAACAAAACCUGCCAGUGAGGCUGGCCCAGAAGCCGUUGAGUGAUACACCUUUCUCAUCUCAGUGAUUCUUGAACAAAUGCCUAGAUGCCUUGUCCACUGGUUUUUGGAAAAGGGGAUUGUUUAGUGGGAUGUGGGAUUGUUUGGGAAACACAAAUAUUUGUGAGGAUGAGAUGUGGGAGAGCCUUAGGCUGGGCCCACUGGCAUGGGUUGUCUUUUAGGAUUUGCAGUUGUUAUCCUAAAAGAGCUUUCCCAAAAGAAAAAAAGAAAUCCCAGUUCCCAGUGGGUCCUUUGCAUCUUCUGUCUGGCUGCAGAGAGUGUGGYCCCUUCCAUACUUAAAAUGUAAGCCAAUUUAUGUUGAGCAAUAAGCCCACUUUCAGAUUUCCUUGAAGUAUGACUAGGCAACAGGGUGCUUCCCUUGGGAGGCAGGGGACACAAAGCCCCCUCCUCUUGCCAGCAGAAGUUGCAAUGUGGAGUGACCUGGAAGGAUUAGGCAAAUAACUGAGAUGCAGGAGAUUCAGGUAAACAGUGGCCAAUGGAAGCCCUUUGGCAGCCCUUCCCAGAGUGUCUGUCCCUCACAGCAAGCACUGGGUCCUCUCCCAGGAAGACCUGGUUCCACACAGAGAACCACAGGCUAGAGUGCCCUUUACUCUUUGUUGCUCAGUUCCUGUUUCSUCCCCACCCCCAACUUUGUUCUCAUAUUUUGGCAAGCAGAAACAGCCCAACUAAAGGAGUAGGCCUCAGUUGGCCUGAUGAGGGACAGGUAGCUGCCACCCUCCUCCCCUAAUCAUCAUCCGGAGUCACCUUAUCAGCAUUUGCCCAGAGAGUGGAAUAGGGCCUGGCUUCUUCCUGAAGGCACACACUGAUUUAGGUCUGCAUUCUCCCAUGCUCUGCGGUGCUUUGGUGAUCCUGGUUUCCUCACAGAGCUUUUUUGCCGUCUACUCAAUUCCAUCCCACCAGUUUAUACCCCCCACUGGGGCAACUCCUGGGCACCGACCCAAACACUACGCUGUCUCACCACCUGUAGGCAUUCCAGUUGUUCACUUUGCUUUAGGGCCUGCACACCUGGUGUGUGUGUGUGUGUGUGUGUGUGUGUGUGUGAUGCUGUUGGUGCCAUCUGUGUACCCCCCUCACUCUGGAGUACACUUGUGGGCACACUUCAGUGGGGACAUCAAGAAUGCAAUAUUUAUGGAUUGCUGCAUGAUUUUAAACAUGAAUAAAACUGUUUACAAGGGGAGGA